AAUCAAUGCAAUAACUGAAGUUAACAAUGGAAACAAUGUCUAGCCAGAGCACAAUAAACAUUGAUAUAUCACGAUUACCUUUAGAUGUAAUUAUACAUAUAAUGUCAUAUCUAUCUAUAUCUGAUAGAAUGGCAGCUGGAUUGGUUAAUCGGACAUGGCACGAUGCAUCUCUUGCUACUGAAUUUAUAGAUCAAGAAUUAAUGAUUUUUGGUCCACCACGAAUAGAUCAUUUGUAUGACGUAUUAGAUAUACUAGAAAAUUCUUCUCGACCAGUUUAUAAUUUCAUUUUUAAAGAAGUGGAAUUGAAAAGUACGAUGUCUCUUUGGAGACAAUAUGGAUCUUUUAUAAAAAUUCUUCAUCUGUUUUGUUGUGAUUUGAGUGAAAGAACACUCAUUGGGAUUCUGAAACAUUGCAACAAUUUAAGAACGUUACACAUCAGUUCUUGUCGAGAAUGUUUUAUGUCUGGCAGACUUUUAGAUGAUGACAGUGAUAUAAAAGAACUCUUGGAAAAAUUGAAAUUUCUACACGAACUUAGUCUUACUUAUAAUCGAUAUUUAACAGACGCUUUAUUUAAUCAAUUUAUUUCGAUAUGUCCAAAUGUAAAUACGCUCAGUCUAAAAGGAUGCGAAAUAUCUUUUCAUUGUGGCUUGUUUAAAAAAUUUUAUCCUAACAUUAAUGUGAUUGUUUAUGCCUCGGAAUCAGUAUUAACAUUUUUUAAUAUUUUGCAGUAUAUUACUUCUUCUGCAAAACAAUUGAAACAUUUAGACUUUAGUCAUACGCUUAUAGAUGGAACUGCUUUAGCAACUCUUUCAAAAUUGGAGAACCUUAGAUUAGAAACAUUAAAGCUGCAACGAUGUAAUCAAUUAACUAUCAUUGGAAUUAGAACAUUGACAUAUCAUCAAAUUAACUUAAAAUUAUUAGACAUUAGUUUUUGUACACGAAUUACAGAUGUUAGUUUAGUUCUUAUAUGUAAACAUUUGAAACAAUUAGAAAGUUUAAAUAUAAGAAGAUGCAGGGCAGUCACAGAUAGCGGUAUACGACAAAUACAGUCAUUAAGAAAUCUAAGAGAAUUAGAUAUUUCAGAAUGCGAACAACUUACCUCCAAAUGUAUUACUGAUGGGCUUUGUAAUGAAUCACUAAAUAAUUUACAAUUUACUGACAAUGAAAUGGAUAUAGAAGCAGAAAAUAUCGAUUUAAACAAGCAAGAGGCAGACUGUUCAAUAACAAAUAAUGACAUUCGAAAUGAUCGAAUGUGGAAGCUCUCUGUAAAUGCUUUGAAUCUUGAUGAAUCAUGUAUUACAUCUAUAGUUAAAUGUUUUCCAAAUUUAAGAUAUCUCAAUGUAGGCUACUGUUUUAUAGCUAUUACAGAUAUUACAAUACAGAACAUAUUUGAAAAACUUAUAUUUUUACGAACAUUAAAAGUUACUCAUUGUGACAGAAUAACAGAUGCUGGUUUGAUGGGUAUUGAUACUAGCAAUAACAUAGAUAUACAAUCUCUACAAGUUAAUGUUAUCGAAAAGCCAUCUGAAUCAUUAUUACGAAUCAGUUUACGCUCCAGAGCAGAAGAAGAAAUAGUAUGCGAUGCUAAUAGAACAUCUUAUAUUAAGAAUUUAUUGAAGAAUAUUUCAACUUUGUCACCUUUAACGAUGCCUGCAUUUAGUUUGACGCGUCUAAAAGGUCUUAGAGAGUUAGAUUUCUCGGGUUGCACUAGAAUAACUGAUGUUAGUUUAAAACAUCAUUUUGCUUUUAUAGAAUUGAGAGUAUUGAGUUUAAGGAAAUGUUGCCAGAUAACACAUGUGGGAUUAGAAUAUGUAGCAAAAAAUAAUCCUGCUAUAGAAGAGUUGGAUUUAACACUAUGUUACAAUAUAUCAGAUUUGGGUGUCUCAUAUCUUACUAUGUAUUUACAUAGAUUAAAGCGUCUCUACCUCCAGGGUUGUACACAAUUAACAAAUGAAAGCUUAGAAUAUAUACGAGACAAUUGUAAAAGUCUUCAAUAUCUAGACAUACGACAUUGUAAAAAAAUAACAAUUUUUGAAAUAUCUAGUUUGCCUUUUUUGCACAUUGAAUGCACACAGCCAACAGAAAACAGUUUAUUGUUGGAUAAUGUGCAUGUACCAAUACCACCACCUAUGUAUAAAUAAUAUCCUUUUUUUUAUUUUUAAUUUUAUACUUUCAAUUAUUGAUAACGUAUGUAUAUGUAUGUAUAUAUAUAUGUAUAUAUAUAUAUUCUAUAUUUUUAUGAUUAAGAAAUUGAGAUUGAUACUGUUUAAAUGAAAUUAAUUUGAUGUAUUGUUAGUUAUUAGUCAAUCAAUUAAUUAAAGUAGGUACACUAAUAUUUUUAACGAAGUGUUUGUAGUGCUUUUGAUUUAUGUAUAUAGUUUAGAUGAAAUUUAUGUAAAAAUUUAACAAGAACGGAGAUGUAAAGAAAACUGUA